AUGAAGCUGCCGCCGAGCUGCCGCCUGCUCCUGCUGCCGGCGGCCGCGGCGCUGGCCCUGCUGGCCCUGCACGCCCGGCGCCCGGCGGUGCCCGCCGCCGGCACCGCGCCGCCCCCGGCUCCCACCCGGCGCCCCGGCAACGCUGCGGAGCCGACGCGGCACCCGCUGCAGCCGCCGUACCCCUACCCUUACCGCUUCCUCCUGAACCACCCCGACAAGUGCCGGGAGCGGGCGCCGUUCCUGGUGCUGCUGGUGGUGACCUCGCCGUCCGACCUGGCGGCGCGGCACGCCGUGCGCCGCACGUGGGGCGACGAGGCGGCGGUGCCGGGGCUGUCGGUGCUGCGGCUCUUCCUGCUGGGCGUUCACCCCGUCUUCGACGCCGAGCUGCGCCCGGUGCUGCAGGAGGAGGACGCGCUGCACGGCGACCUGCUGCAGCAGGACUUCGCCGACACCUACAACAACCUGACGCUCAAGACGCUGAUGGGCUUCGAGUGGGUGAGCCGCUUCUGCCCCAACGCCAGCUACGUGAUGAAGGCCGACCACGACGUCUUCCUCAACCUGGAGUACCUGGCGGGUUUGUUGAGGCCGCCCAAGAACGACUUCGUGACGGGUUACGUGUACCGCCGCACCGGGCCGCUGCGGGACCGCGCCUACAAGUGGUUCGUGCCGCGCGAGGUGUACCCCAACGACACCUACCCGCCCUACUGCGGCGGGCCGGCCUACGUGCUCUCGGCGGACGUGGCGCGGCGGGUCUUCGGCGUGGCGCAGACGCUGCCGCUCAUCAACAUGGAGGACGCCUUCGUGGGCAUCUGCCUGCACGCGCUGGGCGUGGCGGUGACCGAGCCGCCGCCCGGCGCCUUCAGCAUGUACCGGUUGGAGUACGAGCGGUGCCGGUUCUCCCGCCUGGUCAUGGUGCACCACUACGGGCCGCGGGAGCUGCUGCGCCUCUGGCCGCGCUUCCGCAACGCCUCCGCGCCCUGUCCCUAG